AUGGCGCUGGCGGCAGCCCGAGUGCGGGUGCUGCGCGCCCUCCGCCGCCCGGUCCCACCGGUCCCGGUCGGCCCCCGGCGCUGCUGUAGCGAUGACAGCGGCGGUGCCGGGGCGCUGCCGUCGGGCAGGUACCGGCUCUGGCAGGAGCGGGCGGCCCGGGACCCCGCCGCGUUCUGGUCGGAGGUAGCACGGGACGCGCUGCGCUGGGACCGCCCGUUCCACACGGCCCGCGAUGCUGGACCCCCCGCGGCCGUGCGCUGGUUCCUCGGCGGACGCCUCAACGUCUCCGUAAAUUGCUUGGAUCAACAUGUCGAAAAGUCCCCCAACAGAGUAGCUUUGAUCUGGGAGAGAGAUGAGCCUGGCACUGCAGUGCAUGUCACCUACAGGGAACUCCUGGAUCUGACCUGCCGUCUUGCCAACACCCUGAAGAAAUAUGGGAUACAGAAAGGAGACAGAGUGGCCAUCUACAUGUCCGUGUCCCCCUUGGCAGUGGCAGCCAUGCUGGCUUGUGCCAGGAUUGGUGCCAUCCACACCGUGGUCUUCGCUGGAUUCAGCGCAGAUUCCUUGGCUGGGAGGAUUGUGGACUCUGGAUGCAAAGCAGUUAUCACCUACAACCAGGGCAUCAGGGGAGGACGGAUCAUAGAGCUGAAGAUGACUGUGGAUGAAGCUGUGAAAAGCUGUCCAAACAUCAAACAUGUCUUUGUGGCUCAGAGGACAGAUAACAAAGUCCAGAUGGGUGACCAUGAUAUUCCACUUGAUGAGGAGAUGGCCAAGGCAGCUUCUGUAUGUGCUCCAGAGAGCAUGGACAGUGAAGACAUGCUUUUCAUGCUGUAUACCUCAGGCAGCACUGGGAAACCCAAAGGAAUUGUUCACUCCCAGGCUGGAUACCUGCUCUAUGCUGCUCUCACGCACAAGUAUGUAUUUGACUACCGGCAAGGCGAUGUUUUUGGCUGUGUGGCUGACAUUGGCUGGAUCACAGGACAUAGCUAUGUUGUAUAUGGACCACUCUGCAAUGGAGCCACCUCUGUCCUCUUUGAAAGCACUCCAGUGUACCCUGACCCAGGUCGUUACUGGGAAAUGGUGGAAAGACUGAAAAUCAAUCAGUUUUAUGGGGCACCCACGGCUAUUCGCUUGCUGCUGAAUUAUGGAGAAGAGUGGGUGAAGAAAUAUGACAGAUCAUCCUUGAAGACCUUGGGAUCAGUGGGAGAGCCCAUCAACAACGAAGCUUGGCACUGGUUCUACCAUGUGGUGGGAGAAGGACGCUGCACCCUCGUGGACACGUGGUGGCAGACAGAAACUGGUGGCAUCUGCAUUGCCCCACGGCCAUCAGAGGAGCAAGCUGAGAUUGUUCCAGCUAUGGCCAUGAGACCUUUCUUUGGGAUUGUACCCGUGCUGAUGGAUGAGAAUGGAAAGGUUAUUGAGGGCAACGACGUGUCCGGUGCACUCUGCAUUGCCCAUCCAUGGCCUGGCAUGGCAAAAACAAUCUAUGGAGAUCAUCAGCGGUUUGUUGAUGCCUAUUUCAAAGCCUACCCAGGUUACUACUUCACAGGGGAUGGUGCUUACAGGACUGAGAAAGGCUAUUAUCAGAUAACGGGGCGCAUGGAUGAUGUCAUCAACAUCAGUGGACACAGGCUUGGGACAGCUGAGAUAGAAGAUGCAAUGGCUGAUCACCCUGAGGUCCCUGAGACAGCUGUGAUUGGGUAUCCACACAAGAUCAAGGGUGAAGGUGCCUUUGCUUUCAUAGUGCUAAAGAAGCAGACAGACAAUACAGACCGCAUCAAAGAAGAGCUCAAAACCAUUGUGGCUUCUAAGAUAGCAAAAUAUGCUGUGCCUGACCACAUUCUGGUGGUGAAACGACUUCCUAAAACCCGAUCAGGGAAGAUCCUGAGAAGGCUGCUGAGGAAAGUAGUCACUGACCAGUCAAGCAACAUAGGAGAUGUCACCACACUUGAUGAUCCAAGUGUUAUCAAGGAGAUACUGGAUGCUUACCAGAAAUACAAGGAGAAAAACUUGUCGUAACAGGCAGCUCUGGAAUCUCUCCUCUGGAAACAUGAAAGGUCUCGGAUAACAAGACAAAUGACAUAGCUCUCUCUUGUUUUCUUUCUAUUUUUUUAUGAACCCCUGUUCCUUCCAGGGGAACAGGAUUUUCUACUCCCCAAGAAAUGGAUGCUGAGAUGCACAGAGCUAGGAGCACUCUGCAGUUGAACUCACUUUCAUUGCUUUUAGGGCUGCUACAGAGCAGCCACUGGUGGUUUCCAUUAGCGAUGAACUGAUUUAAUACUAACUAAAGCAAGAUGCAGAUGUUCAUGUUUCUCAUUUUAAUGUUACUCUACAGGGAAAUGUUUUUAUACAAUACUUUUGCUGUUUUAAAAGAAGCCCUGAAAUGCACUACUUCAGUUUUAAUUUCAGCUAUGAUAGCUGAGUCCAAAGUAGCUGUAUUUCACUGCAGCUGUGGUGCCUUUUCAGCAAUGCUCGGUAUUCCAGUAGAUGUUUCACCUGUGCUGUUAGGGAAAUGAGAAGGAUAUGGCUAGUCUGAUGAUUCUUUCUUGUAUUUACCCAGUUGUUCUAAUACCUCAUUCUGCUUUGCUCCUAAGGAUUUGUUCCUACCACUCUAUGUCUUGGGACUGGCCAGAGAUGGUGAGCCUGUGUCCUUUCAUGUCCCACCUAGGCAACCCAGCACUAGCACUUCCAGCUGCAAAACUGAGCCACUAAGUCUGCUGCUGGACUCCCUGCAUGUCCUCAGUGCAUUACCAGUUGCACAGGAAGGGUCUAGUUCCACAUGGUUUUAUUUUGCUUUGAGAAACUGAGAUCACUAACUUGGCUUUUAAAGUAACUCUUCCUCAUUGGUGAUGACAACUGGAUUGAUGUUGUCCACUGUGGUUCACUUCUGCAUAUAAGGGCUGGUGGUCUGCAACUGGGUGAUCUUUGUUGCCAGUUGGUGCUUCAUGUAGAUGCCUUUGUUUCUUUAAGUCACUGUGAAAAGAGACAAUGUUUGCUUUGAAGCAUUGGGAAACAAGUCCUGAAGUGCUUGAGAGAGAUUUGAUGCUGCGAGGCAUCCUGGAGAGUUCACUGUGACGUAUCAGGCUGUGUGAUUUCUGCUUCAACAAAGACAGGAACCCAGUUUGGAGGUAGGUUGGUUCUCCUCUCAGAAGUUAUGAGUUAAUGCUUAUUGUUUCAAUAAUCAGCAUGCUGCCAUGCUGAUCUUCCAAAGAAUCAAGUGCCAUGUGGGAACCCGCAAACUGCACAACCCACGGGAAACAAGUGCCUUUUAGAUGCCUUAGAAAGUGAUAGCAUUCCAGACCAGCAACCUCAGAAUAGCAGGGAACAAUAACCUUUGCCUUUCAUAUACUUUCAAAAUUGCAACUACUAUAUUAAAUGGUUUAUUUCUGGAUGCAUUUCAUGAGGGACACAUUUUGAUUGAAGUACUCCUUAUAUUUGGGCUGUUCAGAAGAAUUUGUUAGUAGGUCUCCUGUCCUCUAGUAAGGUCAUGGAGAAGCCUGUAGGUGACAGAUGUCUUUGAUACUUCUGCCAUUGCUUAAUUUGAUUUAAGCUGGCUGAGGGGUUUGGAGUGGCUGGAGGGGCUAUGGGGCAUGGCACCCUGUGGCUGGGGUCACUCCAAACUUUGUAAUCCUGCCUCUGUCUUUCUCAGGUGACAGUCUGUUUAGUUUCAUGGAGCUGUGUUUUGACCUCAUAGUAAUAGUCAGAAUUGCCAGGUUUUACCCUAUUUUUCCAGGGUCAGCUUAUUGCUGGAUUUAAGUGGAGCAGUGCUGCCUUUUCCAGGGGGACUGUGUACUGGAAAGACAAUGUGUGCACCUAACUGGAGGCAGGAAGGAAAUGGCUAGGUGAUCUGGUAGGAUGGGGAGAGGGGUGGUGAGGCUUUAGAAGGGGAAAGUCCGUCUUUCUAGAGAUGAGGGGUGUGUUGCACAGUCUAAUGUUAAGCCUUUAAUUUGAUUAAUUUGUAAUCAUGCUUUAAACACAUUUAUUGUCCUUGACCAAAAUCAGUUUCU